AUGCCCGCAGCUCAGGCUGAACUCACAAGCGCCUUCGCAAGCGUUGACCAACCUACAAUUGCGAGUCCCAAAGAACUCAGUGUCGAUACCGCGCGAGGGUCUAAUAAUCCGACGGCAUCAUUCAUCCUCGUCCUCAGAAACGCAACCCAUUGUGAGAAGAAGGGCAGGCGGGAAAAGGCGGACAUGAUCCAAAUGCCCCCUCUGGCGGCGGUUUUCGUCGCGGACUUGAUCGACGUUGAUUCGACAGCUGCCUCCAAUCCGCUGACCAUCUCCAACCCCAAGACCAGAUCUGCGUUAGCCCAGAUUCAGGCUUGGACGACCCCUUUUGUCCGCCACGAAAUCUUGGUAGCCCGCGUCGCCCGCCCCCUAUCGCUUGUCGCCCAUCAUCUGCCAGCCAUGCACAAGGCCAGAGUAGGAUGGACCUGCAGACAGGCCACUGCAAAGCUCAGGUCAGACUGCAAUGGGGACCGUGUCCAUCAAUCUGAACGCGGUCCACAGUCAUCCGUGGUCCAUCUCGAUCAGAGUGGCUGGUCCCCGCAAUCAGAUGAACCCACUGCCGAGUUGGAGACCGCCCACUUCUUUUGCCAGGGCAGUUGGCGCAAGUCAGGCACUCGGAAUGGAUUGACUCUAGGUCUGAGGGGAGCGGGAGAUGACGAGGGGGAGACCACGUAUUCGCGCGUGGCGUCGGAUCAAAUCUCUAGCACUACAGCGAAGGAUGACGACGAUGGAGAUUAUGGGAAUGACAGGCUAUGCCUUGGUUUCUGGUCUCUCGCGCCGCUCAGUCGCGCCGGGCGCGUGAUUUCUCAUCACUUGCCAAAGCCCACAAGAUAA